AUGGCCAGUGAGGGAGAGGAAGAAGCGCUCGGCGCUGAGCUGGUAACCUGCUGUGACGGGGGGCCAGCCAGCGGCCAGCCAGCCCACCGCAUCCUGGCACCUGAUGGACCUUUCCAGGAGACCCGGGAUGCGAGUGGGUACCGGAUCUUGCCGGGGCUGGGAAGCAGUGCGGUUCCACCCGAACAGACGCGGGAGCGUGGCGAAGAGGGCGGCGACGGAGGCGUCCCCAAAGAAGGGGCAGCUGAAGAAGGUCCAGCACCACGCGCCCCCAGCCCAGUCGCGGACCCUCCUGAAGGCCGAGACGACGACAUCCGCGCCCUCCCGUUCUCGGUCAGGCUCCGGACGGUCGUGGAGGACCAGUCCUUCAAGACCAUUUACUGGAGCAGAGACGGAGAGAGCAUCAUCAUCCAAGCGAACUUCUUCAAGUCCGAAGUGCUGGGCCACAAGGACAACCAGCGCAUCUUCGGAACUGACAGCCUGAGGAAGUUCGUGCGCCUGCUGAACCUGCACGGCUUCCGGAAGCUCCACUUCAAGAGCGCCUGUCUCAGCUCGGCCCGGAACAGAGUGAUUGCGUACCGGAACCACAACUUCCAGCGAGAUCAGCCGCAGUUGAUGAACAACAUCCGUCGCAAGGGCCACGAGAGGCCCCCAACCGCCCAGACCAGGAAGAGGAGGAGGAUGGAGCCCACACGCUGCUCCCCGCGCCUUCACCCUGUCGCAGAACCUGACUGGGACUGCCUCAGUGGCUUGAGGGUUUCCCCUGGCCUUUUGGCCGAGAACAAAGCCCGAUCCAGUGAGGACAGUGCUUGUGACACCCAGGCCCGGACUAGCGAUCUGCUGUGCGCCUCCAGCGAGGAGGCCGGGCCUCACGGGCAGGGGCCCCCGGGAGGUUUGGUCAUGUUCAACAGGGGUGCAGUGUCCAGAAGAGGUACAGGAAGUUCGGGCGUGUACUGCUAA